GUUUUCCUUGACACCGUAGAAUCGUAGCGCGUAGUGCAUAUUUUUCUCUUUUUUCCUUGUCCAACGAUGCAAAAUUGAAGAACUUGACGUCGUAUCAUCUGAUAAUUAUACGGAUUGAUGAAUGUACGUACAGCAUAAUUGACGGCCCGAAAUUUUAUCCCCAGAGCAAAAUCUUCAUCCUAUCGUUUAUAUAAGGCUUUGUUGACGCAGAGCUGACACCCUUCUAUCUUCUCAAAAAGUAUCACUGCCCCCCCAAAAGUUACCGAUACACCUCCCGGAAAAGUCGCGACCUAUUUUUGGACAUACACCCCGAAGGCAUCCACCCGUCUUGCACCACUUUGCUUCCGACCACCACCAUCACCGCCAUGUCUCUCUCUAGAACGCGUUCUCCCAAGCUUGUUUCCGGCGUGUACAGAAUUAUUAGCGAGGCGUCUCACUCGACUGUACGAGUCCACCAGCACGGAAAGCCUAUUCUGCUUUCACACCGUUACGAACUUUUGGGCGUCUUUGAGCAAUGGGAGCUCACCGAGCAAGAAAAGGGAGGGUUCUUGAUCAGGAGCAUGGGUCUGACGUUGGGGCAAGUUGGCGCUGAGAAUGACGUCAUGAUCAUUAACGGAGGCAAUCCUAUUGCUUUCAUCGUGGAACCUCUGGGUGAUGGGCUCUACACGGUAAAGGCACCCGGUGAUGAUGGACUCUAUUGGAACAUCUCGCAGCCGCCCACACGACAGCUUCCCGAAGUUCACGUGAAGCUCGGUCCCGGUGCGGCAGACGGCGAGUUUGAACCUACGCAGCUGUGGCGAUUCGAGCGUCUCGACGACGAUUCUGGUGCUUACUUUUGAACGCUCGUGAAAAAUUCCUGCAGGGUGGUUGGUACAGGGUCGAAUAGGCUUUUGAUAACCGGUUCUAUGCUAUGUAUACCUCUUAUAAUCAAGCCACUUUUUACUCUGGGAACGAACAUUUGACCUGUGACGCGACGCGACUCUAAUCAUUUUACCCCAAAGAAUGAAGCAUGGGGACGGAAGCUAAUGACGGUGGAAG